AAUUUCUAUAAGUUAUAACAGAAUUUAAAGUAUAAUUUUUUGUUAUGACUUAAAUUUUUAUUUUGUUAAUAGUACAUAAUUAUCUUUACUAUUAUAAUAUAUUAUAAGUUAUACUAAGCAUUAAGCAGUUUACAAAAAAUAUAUGAUUUAAAAAGAAAUUAAUUCAAAAAUUUAGUAAAUAAUAAUUUUGAAUUUUUUUGUGCAGUGGUUUAUAAUUUUAAAGUAAUUUUUAUAUUUUAAAAUACGUACAUGGUUUAUAUGAAAUGGCAAAAAAACGUCAAGAACACGAAAAAAAAAGCCCGUGGUCAUGGGCUGAAAAUACUCAUCCAAAUGAUAUACAAUCUCAUCAUAUAAACUAUGCUUAUCGUUUAAACUAUUCAAAAUGUAAACCACUUACUUGUAGACGUAAUUGUAAAAACAAUCCAUACUGUUUAUCUGGCCUUGGUGAACAGAGAUGGUUACAAGAUAAAGUGAGAACGCCCGUUUUAGAUUAUGAAGAUCCAGAAUUAGAACGCCGCCAAAAUAAGUUUGUUGGUUUAAAAAAUCUAGGUGCUACUUGUUAUAUUAAUAGUUUGUUGCAGCUAUGGUUUCAUAAUAUUAAUUUUAGAAAAGCAAUUUUUAAUUGGAAUCCUGAAGAAGAUUCUUUUGAAAAACAAAAUAAAUCUUUAUUAUCUGAAAAUAAUUAUAUACCAGAAACUAGUGUUGGUCAUUUGCAAUUAGUAUUUGCAUUAAUGCAAUGUGGUAAACAGAGGUCAGUUGAUCCUGGCGAUUUUAUCACUACUUUAAGAAUUAAUACUGCUCUCCAGCAAGAUGCUCAUGAAUUUUCAAAUUUGUUUCUAUCAGUCUUAGAAAAUAAAUUUAGUACUCAAUCAGAUACAUCAGUUAGAGAUAUGAUAAAAGAUAAUUUUCGCGGAGAAUAUAAAUAUGUUACUACAUGUUUAAAUUGUAAAACUGAAUCCACACGUCCAUCAACUUUUUAUGAACUUGACCUUAACAUUAAAGGGCAUAAAACUUUAAAUGACAGUCUUCAAGAGUUUUUAAAAGAAGAGCAGCUUUCUGGCGAUGACCAGUACUAUUGUAAUCAUUGUAAUAGUAAACAAGACGCUGUUAGAAGAAUUUGCUUGACUAAUCUACCUCCGGUUUUAAAUAUACAACUCAUGCGUUUUGUUUAUGACAGACAAACAAUGCAGAAAAAAAAGCUCAAUACUUAUAUUCAAUUUUCACAAACAUUAGAUAUGGCAAAGUAUUUAAAUUUGCCAUUUCAUCUUGAUGAAGCUUUAAAAGAAAAACACAUGUAUAAUUUAUGUGCUGUUCUUAUUCAUAAAGGUUCUAGUGCUUAUUCUGGGCAUUAUAUUGCCCAUAUUAAUGAUAUUGCUGCAGAAGAAUGGUAUAAAAUAAAUGAUGAAAAUGUGGAAAAGUUAAAAGGAAAAGGUUUGAAUUUAUGCACUGAAGAUGAAUUUAGAGUAAAUGGUUCAAAAUUGGUUAAAGUCCCUAAAAUUCAAAAGGGUAUGCUUCAAACUAACAAUGCAUACAUGCUUGUUUACAUGCAUACCAGUAUGAUAAAAAAAUUAAAAACUGAGUCUUAUAACUGGCAAUUAUCACCCCGAUUGGCACAUUUAGUAGAUACUCAUAAUAAUAACUUUGAAAAUACUAUAUUAAAUAUUAAGAGUAAUAGAGAAUAUGUGGAAGACAAGGAUAAAGAAUUUGUGGAACAAAUGCUAAGCCUAAUAACUGAAAUGAACAUGGUUUCAGUAAAAGAGGAUGAAAUGGAAGCAAUUUCAUUACAAUGGUUAAGUUAUUGGUUUAAAAUAACUCCAAAUCAAAAUGUAAAAGAAGUUAAUAAUCAAGCUGUAUUAUGUAAACAUAAUUUAUUUGAUCCCGAUAAAGUUCAUGAAGCAAAGUAUAUUGGAACUGAGUUGGCUGAUAAAAUAUAUGGAUUAUAUCAAGGUGGCCCUAGAUUAAAAUUAAAGGCAUCUCUUUGCUUAAAAUGUGUAAGAAAUAAGUGUGCUUUAUUGUACACUAAAGCACUUACUUCUGAACAAAACAAAAUCAUAAAUAUGAAUUUACAAAGUUGGAAUCCUCAUCAUUUUCCUGAAAAUGAAAAAAGUUAUUGGGUGGGUAAAGACUCAUUAAAAAGUUGGAGGCGUAUGUAUUUACAAUUAUUUGAGUAUUUUGUUAAUGAUCGGGAUGUACCGUCAAAUAUAACCUUGCCACUUCAUCCAGAUAUGCUAUCAGUAGCUUUUGAUUCUAGUAGUAACAAUAUUAGUACAAAAAAUAAUGUAAUAUCUAGCAGUAAUAAUAGUUCUUAUGAAAUGGGUGGAAUAACAAUUGACUCAUUAGACAAGUGUCUAAAAUUAGCACGGAUAUUUGUGAAUAAUUCUGAAAUAAUUUUUAAAACUUUACAACUAAAUGACUUCAAACCUUUCCACUAUUCAUUACUUGAAUUAGAAAAAAUACUGUUGCAAAUGAUGAACAUAUUGUCAACUGUUAUUGCCAAAAAAGUAAAUGGUGGCAUUUCUGCUGAAAAAGGCAAGUAUGAUGUUUGCAAUAAUGUAACAACAUCAACCAAUUUUUUUCAACAAAAAAUUGAAAAUAAUACAAACUUUGAAGAUGAAGAUAGAUUAGACAUUGAAGAUUUAAAUCAUGAAGAAAAAGAAAAACUUGAUGAUUCUGAUUUCCUAGAUGUUAAAAAUGACAAAGAAUGUAUAUUCUGGGUGUUCAAUGAAGACAUAAUGUGUACUCAUGGUAAUUUAUCUAUUGAACAAAAUACAAUGCGAUUAAUUCCAAAAUCUGUUUGGGAAAUUCUUUAUUCUUAUUUCCCUAAAGCUCCAGUAUUUACAAAAGAUACUGAACCAUGUCGUUUUUGCCGGAGUAUGCGAAACCAAGGUGAAAUAACAAAAAACAUACAUAAACAAUCAGCAUUAUCUGAAAAAGAAUUAUUAAAUGAUUUAUUAUUAAAUAAAAAAAGACCAUCAUCUUCCUUAGAUAAUUCUCCUUUUCCUUGUAUUUCCAAAGAAUUUUUAGAAAGUUGGAGAAGGUUUAUCAGAAAUCCUUUAAAAGAACCACGACCAGAUGCGAUUGUGAAUGAAACACUUCUGUGUAAAGAACAUAAAGGAUUACUAUUUGAACCUACGUCGUCAAUUUUUUCAUCUGAUCAAAAUCCAAUAGUAUUAUUAACCAAAGAAGAAUGGGAAAAUCUAUCAAGUCGUUACCCAGCUGACUAUGGAGUGUAUUUGUACUUUGGAGAAUUAGGAGAAUUUAAAACAUCACGACCAGAAAUUUGUGAACCGUGUCGUAAGAAAAUAAUGGACGAUAAAAAACGUGAACAAUUAAAGUAUAACAAAGCAAAAGUUUUUAUAAAAGUUAUCGAAAAAGAAGAAAGGGAAGAUAGCUAUAAAUUUAAUGGUUUCGAUGAUAAGGAUGAACUUUGGGGUAACUGUUCGAAAAAAAUGAAACUAGAAACUAGUAUUAACGGUAAUGGCGUACCUAUUGCUGUACCAACUGAUGUACCCAACAACUCUCUUGAAUUAGGUAUUAGAAGAAGUGCCCGAAACAGAAGACCUAGAGGUGAACUAAUCGUAGUAUCGUCGAAUGAAACUUUACUCGAUCUUAAAAUGAAGAUCAUGAGUGCGUUCAAUGUUAUGCCUAAUGAUCAACAUUUAAAAACGGCUGAAGGUGUUCAGUUAAGCGACAAUGAUGCUACAUUAGCUGAUCUUUCAAUUCUUCCGGACUCGCUAAUUUUAGCUAAGUUUGAUGAACCUACUGAAGAUUUGCCGGAUUUUAUUGUUGAAGAAGAGGCUGGUUUUAAAGGUACAGAACUUAUGAGUUGAUGUCGAAAAAAAGAACAGAAUUAUUUUAUCAUAAUUUAUUGUGAAAAAGAAGAGGAAAACCUUAAAAAAUAUGGAUUUAUAUUUAUUCUAUUCUAUUCCAAUGACAAAACAAUAAAUUGUACCUACUUGAAUA